AUCAAAGUACACACCAUUCACACAUACCAAACCAAGAAAAUGGAUCAUCACACGACGUCGUUUUUGCUUCUCCUCUUGGUCUCUACCUUCUCCAUUCUCCAAAUUUCGUUUGCCCAAGACGUUCCAACGACUCUUGUUCCUGCAAUUAUGACAUUCGGAGACUCUGUAGUCGAUGUCGGAAACAACAACUAUCUUCCGACCCUUUUCAGAGCUGAUUACCCUCCUUAUGGCCGUGAUUUUGCUAACCACAAACCCACCGGUCGUUUCUGCAACGGCAAAUUAGCCACUGAUAUUACCGCUGAGACUUUAGGCUUCACUAAGUACCCACCAGCUUAUCUAAGUCCAGAAGCUUCAGGCAAGAAUCUUCUCAUUGGUGCUAAUUUCGCUUCUGCAGCUUCAGGUUACGAUGACAAAGCCGCUCUUCUCAAUCAUGCGAUCCCUUUGUAUCAGCAAGUUGAGUACUUCAAGGAAUACAAGAGCAAGCUCAUAAAAGUUGCAGGAAGCAAAAAAUCUGAUUCGAUCAUAAAGGGAGCAAUCUAUCUCUUAAGCGCAGGAAGCAGUGACUUCGUUCAAAAUUAUUAUGUGAAUCCUUUCCUUUACAAAGCCUACACUCCUGAUCAGUACGGAUCUAUGCUUAUCGAUAACUUCUCUACAUUUAUUAAGCAAGUGUAUGCGGUUGGAGCAAGGAAGAUCGGUGUGACUUCUCUUCCUCCAAUGGGAUGUCUUCCAGCUGCAAGAACCCUUUUCGGUUUCCAUGAAAAAGGCUGUGUUUCAAGACUCAACACAGAUGCUCAACAAUUCAACAAGAAGCUUAACGCAGCUGCUUCAAAGCUUCAGAAGCAAUACUCUGGUCUUAAGAUUGUUGUCUUCGACAUAUUCACCCCACUCUAUGAUCUUGUUCAGUCCCCUGCCAAAUCUGGAUUCACGGAAGCAACAAAAGGAUGUUGUGGAACAGGAACAGUCGAGACAACUUCGCUCUUGUGCAACCCCAAAUCGUACGGGACAUGCUCCAAUGCUACUCAGUAUGUGUUCUGGGACAGUGUUCAUCCUUCUGAAGCUGCAAAUGAGAUUCUUGCCACUGCUUUAAUCGGACAAGGCUUCUCUCUUCUCGGUUGAUCUCUAAGUAUUAUUUGUCUUUUUCUCUUUGGAAAUCGCUGUAUCUGUCAAAUCUUUGAGUCAUACAUUUAUUUCGCUUUGAAUUAUAUGUAUCAAACCACCACCGUUUACUACAAAUGAAAUUGUUAUGAUUACUACUUUAAGAAAACCAAAA